AUGGAGGCUAAGACCGUUCGGGCUGUCGACGUUUUUGCUCCGCCCCCGCCUUAUGAGGCCACCCCAAGCUGCACUGUACCAGGGCUUCGAACCAUGGAAGCGCCUCAGAGCUCGUCGCCUCAGCCGAAUGAAGCAUCUGGACCGCGGAACAUGGGCCAGCAGAGAGCCUGCGUGGCCGCGCGUCUGCCGGCUUACAGGAAUACGCGCUUGGGGCAUUAUAGAGCCCAUCCGUAUCGACGAUCGUCCCCAACGCAAGGAGUUCAGUCAGACGACGACGGCUUCGACCCCGUGGAGAACAUAUCCAUUGCAGACAUCGUAAACAGCCCUCGGUACAUCUGCGUCACCGCCUUCGGUUUCGACCCGCAAGAGCAGCCUAGCCUAACCGACACGUUCAACGAUCCACCACCCAUUCCCGAUUCGCCCAUGAACCGCACGGAGCGAAUCAACUUCCUCGCUGCCCGGGUAGCAGACAUCGACGCUGCGACUAGUCAAGUGAAUGCCUACGCACUGAACGACCUGGAGGGCCGGGUCCUUGAUUUCGUACUCUUCGUACGCCGUCAGCUUGUCGAACAACGAGAGCUAGCUGUACUAUCUGCUACUGAGCCUGCGUAG